AAAAGACGCAAAAGGAGCUCGACUAACUUCCGGUUAGGAGUUUUCAAACACAAGCUAACCCACCGCUAGUCUUCUCAGGGAAUUACUGGUUUCUUUGCUGAUUUUGUGCCUGUCGUCAAAGCGGGGAGCUAUGUUAGCGAAGAGGACAAGAGCCACUUCCCCGUCAAGCAGUGUCAGCGGAGGAGGAGACCUUGACGACGCCUCUGCUCCUGGAAGUGGUCGUAAAAGAAGAAGGGUCGCCAGUGUUCCUCCUGUAGAUACGAUUGCUGUUUGUCAUGAGCUGUUCAACGCAGUCAGAGAUCACAAGGAUGAUCAAGGAAGACAUCUCAGUGAACUUUUUCUAAGGGUACCAAAAAGAAGAAACCUCCCUGAUUACUAUGAGGUGGUGUCCCAGCCCAUAGACAUGACCAAAAUCCAGCAUAGGCUGAAGUCAGAAGACUAUCAAGAAGUGGAACAGAUCACAGCAGACUUCCAGCUCAUGUUUAAUAAUGCCAAAUUGUUUUACAAGAGAGACAGCGAGGAGUAUCAAGCCGCCUGCAAGUUGUGGGGCGUCUAUUUGCAGAUCAGAAAUGACUUUUUGCAAGCUGCAGAUGGAGAAGAUGAUGAUGAAGAUGUAGACGACAUGGAUAAUCCAGGAAUGUUAACAGAUGAUGAGAAUUCCAGCAGCAGUGUGAAGGAAGUGUUGGCGCAGAUCCUUGGGGCCGUAGUGAUAUACUCUGAUCCCUCAGGUCACGUGGUUAGCGAACUCUUCCAGAAACUGCCUUCCAAAGUGCAUUACCCAGACUACUAUGCUGUUAUAAAGGAGCCCAUUGAUCUGACAAUGAUCGCUCAAAGAAUACAGAUGGGAUACUACAAAAGUGUCAAUGCCAUGGCUAAGGACAUCGACCUGAUGGCCAAAAAUGCCAAAACAUACAAUGAACCGGGAUCUCAGGUUUUUAAGGAUGCAAACACCAUAAAGAAAGUGUUUAUCCAGAAAAAAACGGAAUUUGAGCAUGCUGAACCCACAAAAUCCAGUCUUCGCAUCAGAAAUCGCAGGUCUGGUCAAGGAGAUCAACUUUCUGGCAUCAGCGUAGCGCUUCAGUAUGGUUCAGAGAGCGAGGACGACCCCGUCCUGUCCGGCUCGGUGUGCUAUGACGAAGGAGAGUCAGAGGCUGAGAGUCAGAGUUCUAGCAUGGAGAUGAGCAACCCCAUCUUCCAACUGUAUGAAGCCGUGAGAGGCGCCAGGAACAGCCAGGGCUUGAUUUUCUCCGAACCCUUCCAGCAUCUACCCUCUCGCAGGGAAUAUCCCGACUAUUACCAGCAGGUCAAACAGCCCAUUACCCUGCAGAACAUCAGGACAAAGAUGAAAAGUGGUGAAUAUGAAAAUGUAGAGCAAAUGGACGCCGACCUCACUUUGAUGUUUGAAAAUGCUAAGCAAUACAACAUGCCCAACUCAAGCAUUUAUAAACGGGCGUUGAAGCUUCAGCAGAUUUUGCAGGCAAAAAAGAGGCAACUUUUGAGGAGAGAUGAUGAGGAUGGAGACAGUGUUUUGUCAUCUGAUGCAGGAAGUGCCAAGAGAAAAGGAAGCCACAAGAAGAAUGUAAAAAAGAACCGCAUGAAAGCCCUGUACGCUGCAGUGACAGACGCAAGGGAUGCGGACACCACUCGGCGCCUUUGUGAUCUGUUUAUGGUUAAGCCCUUCAAGAAAGACUACCCUGACUACUAUAAGGUCAUUCUGGAGCCCAUGGACCUGAAGACCAUUGAGCACAACAUUCGCAAUGAGCGGUACUCCUCAGAAGAGGCGCUGAUGGAUGACAUGAAGUUGAUGUUUCGGAAUGCACGGCAUUAUAAUGAGGAAGGGUCUCAGGUAUACAAUGAUGCUGACAUCCUGGAGAAGAUUCUAAAGGAGAAGCGGAAAGAGUUAGGACAACCGCCUGAAGAGGAGGAUAUGGGAUCGCCCAAGCUGAAACUGAGAAAAAGUGGCAUAUCUCCUAAGAAGACCAAAUACCUAACCCCUCUGCAACAGAGGUUAAAUGAGCUCUACGACGCCGUGCGGAACUUCACUGACCGCCGAGGCCGUCGCCUGAGCACCAUUUUCCUCCGUCUGCCAUCCCGUGCCGAGCUGCCUGACUACUACGCCACCAUCAAGCGGCCCAUCGACAUGGAGCGCCUGCGCAGCCACAUGGCAGCGGGUCGGUAUCAGGACGUGGAGGCCCUGGUGGAAGACUUUGCUCUCAUGUUCAACAACGCUUGCAUAUACAACGAGCCCGAGUCGCUCAUCUAUCGGGACGCCUUGGUUUUGCAUCGGGUAUUGCUUGAGACGCGCAAGCAGCAGGAAGGAGGUGAAGACUCUGGGGCUCCUGAUGUGGGAGCUCUGGUGCGAGAGAUGAUCAGGAACCUGUAUGUGUCCGUGCUGAGUCACCAAGACGAAGAAGGAAGAUGUUACAGCGACUCCCUGGCUGAAAUUCCCGCCGUUGAUCCAGACGACGCAGAGAAGCGCCCACUUAACUUUGAUGUCAUCAGGGUGAAUGUGGAGCGUGGCCGCUACAGGAGACUGGAUGUCUUUCAGGAGCACAUGUUUGAAGUGCUGCAGAAGGCCAGGAGGCUGCACAGGACUGACUCGGAGGUCUUUGAUGACGCAGUGGAACUGCAACAAUUUUUCAUUAAGAUCCGGGAUGAGCUAUGUAAGAAUGGGGAGAUUCUUCAAAGCACUGCACUCAGCUACUCAUUGAAACACCUGCACAAUGACGUGGAGCAGGAAAAGAGGGAGAAGAUCCCCAAAGAAAUUGAAGAGGAUAAGAAAAAGGAGGCCAGUGAGGAAGAGGACAGCAAAAGUACAAAGGAGCAGGACCUGCCAGGAGAAGUAUGGAGUCCUGAGUCAGAGCCGGAUAUUGCGUACCAGCAAGAAUGCACUUUGGAAAACACUACUUAUCGUGUGGGGGAGUUUGUCUACGUGCAGCCAUCACAGUCCAACCUCAAGCCGCACAUCGUCUGUAUUGAACGUCUCUGGGAGGACGAUGCAGAUGAGAAGUGGCUCUACGGCUGCUGGUUCUAUCGUCCGAGUGAAACCUUCCAUUUGGCCACCCGCAAGUUUCUGGAAAAAGAGGCCUUCAAGAGCGACUACUACAACCGAGUAUCUCUCAGUAAAGUCCUGGGCAAAUGUUUGGUCAUGUGUGUGAAGGAUUAUUUCAAACUCCAACCGGAGGGCGUCAAAGCCGAGGACGUGUAUGUCUGUGAAUCUCGUUACACUGUGAGGCCCAAGCUGUUCAAGAAGAUCAAGAUAUGGGCUAUGCCUGCUAGUCCUGUUAAAUAUAUCCCUCGAGACGUCCCCCUGCCUGUCGUUCGUGUUGCUUCCAUGUUUGCCAAGCCUGACUUGGAGAAACUCGCUGUAUUGUAUGUAGACGGCAGCAGUUUUGUGGACAAGGAGCGAGAGGAUGUCACCAUGGAGAUGAGCGGUGCUGAGCCUGGAUGUCAGUACUAUGAACAGUUGCGCCAUAACAACAUGUGGUUCAAAGUGGGAGACUGUGUUUACAUUCAGUCACACGGGCUGUCCAAGCCUCGAGUAGCCAGGUUGGAGAAGCUUUGGGUGCAGAAUGGAACCACUUUCUUCUUUGGGCCUAUUUUUAUUCAUCCGGAGGAGACGGAGCACGAACCCACCAAGAUGUUCUACAAGAGAGAGGUGUUCCUCAGCCACCUCGAGGAGACCUUGCCAAUUACCUGUGUCAAAGGCAAAUGCAUGGUGUCCUCGUUCAAGGACUUCUUGUCCUGCAGACCGACUGAGAUAGCUGAAGAGGAUAAUCUACUUUGUGAGAGUCGCUACAUUGACGCCGAGAAACAAGCCAAAAAAUUCAAGGGUUUGAAACGCUUCUCGUACACUUCCAAAGUGGUGGAAGAUGAGGUGUUCUACUUUAGGAAAGCAAUUGUUCCACAGAAGGAAGCGUCUCCCUUUUUGAAUAAAAAGAUAGAGGAACUUGAGGUUAAACUCGCGGAUAUCGAGGAUGGAGAUGACGACAUGGAUGACAUGGAUGAUGAAGACGAAGCCAUGGAGACGCCCGCUAUGCCUCAGAUACAAACCCCUCUCUCAAGCGAAAUGGACGUCAUGCCAUACACACCUUCCCAGUCCACACCAAAGAUUAAAGGCUUGUCCAAAAAGGAAGGGGCUAAGAGGAAGAUCAACAUGAGCGGCUACAUCCUGUUCAGCAGUGAAAUGCGAGCCGUCAUCAAGGCUCGUCACCCCGACUUCUCCUUUGGGGAACUCAGUCGUCUGGUGGGCACCGAGUGGAGGAACCUUGAGGCCUCUAAGAAAGCUGACUAUGAAGAACGUGCAGCCAAGAUAGUGGAGCAUCAAGAACGUGAGAGGCCGGCCCAGAAGCAAGCGUCCCCAAGAUCAGGCAUGAUGGGAGCUUACGGGCCACCUUACAUGCCCAUGCAGGGCCCCCAUGAGGGUUUAUUGAGUGUGGUCACAAUGCCACCUUACCCUACAGGGGGACACCACCUUCCUCCUCACCAUCUUCAGCAAGGUGGCAUGCCUGGGUACCCGGGCAUGCUUCAUCAGGGCAUGAUAGCCGGUGCUGUAAAUGGCAUGUCCGGGAGUCCCGCCUCUGGAAACUUCCUGCAGCAGCCUAGCAUGUUAAGCCCAGGACAACAUGCUCCACCUCCAUACCCAGGACAGGGUCAACCCUCUCACCUGCAACCCAUGUUUGUGGCUCCACCCCCCAAGACACAGCGGGUACUGCACUCUGAAGCCUACCUGAAGUAUAUCGAGGGCUUGAACGCCGACUCCAGCACCGUCAGCAAGUGGGACCAGACUCUGAAAGCACAAAGGCGAGACGCUCACUUCACCAAAGAGCAAGAGAGCCGUCUUCCAGCUCAUUGGCUGAAAAGCAAAGGAGCCCACACCACAAUGGCGGAUGCACUGUGGCGUCUGCGUGACUUGAUGUUGAAGGACUCACUAAGCAUUUGUCAGGCGUACAAUCUGUGACCACAACACUCACUAAACUAUCCUUCUACCUGGAAACAAAUUGUAGACCCUAGAAGCAAUACUUGAUAGUCAUUCACUAUCGUUUUUAUAUUUAUUAGCAAGUACAGUACAGGAAGCUUAAUAAUUGUGUGAAUUUGUUUUUUUGUACUCUGGUGAAUUAAGUUUUUGGUACUAUUAAAAUGUACUUAUAAGAAUA